ACACUCAUAUCAUUCAGCUGGAGGUAAUCAAGGUUGCAAGAGGUUCUACGGCAGUGAAAAAACAUGGCUGAGGCAUUCAAGUCGGCCGCGCUGGUUCUUUUUACGGAGAAAUGCUUCGAGGAAUACUUUGAAGAUCUGAAUUUUCUCGACCCUGAAUGCUUCAAAUCCACUCUCAGCAGAGGACUGGGCAUCGGAAUCAUAGCAGGAUCAUUUCUCGUUAAAUUACCACAGAUUGUUAAAAUCUCCAACAAUAAAAGUGGUCAGGGUAUAAACAUCUUCAGCGUAUUACUAGACCUCUUUGCCAUCACUGCAACGGUUGCCUACAGUUUUGUAAAUGGAUUUCCUUUCAGUUCUUGGGGAGAUGGAGUAUCAUUGGGACUACAAACAGCGGCGAUUGGUGCCCUAGUGAUGCAUUAUAACGGUGCAACUCAACCAGCGGUUGCAUUUGUUAUUGGGUAUCUAGCAAUUGUGUAUGCUUUGACAAGUGGGCUAACCCCUGUGAGCAUUUUGUGGUCUAUGCAAGCUGUGAAUGUCCCAAUUCUCCUUACAAGCAAGAUGAUACAAGCCUAUACAAAUUACCGUAAUGGGAAUACGGGACAGUUAUCAGCAGCCACUUCAUUUAUGCUGUUCUUCGGUUCUCUCGCUAGAAUUUUCACCUCUAUCCAAGAAACCGGCGAUUCAAUUUUGAUUCUCACCUAUGUGUGCUCUACAGCUGCCAAUGCGCUUAUCUUGUCGCAGGUUCUUUAUUACUGGAACGCUGUCGUCAAACCAGCUACCAAGAAGAGUAAAAAGACGAAAUAAAUACAUUAGAUACAAAAAAACACAGUAUGUGGAUACUUUGUUUUUACAUCAACCAAAUGUGUGUAAUUAACUAUAAUAAUUAAUUACCAAAUAAUUGAUGGUGGUAUAUAGUGAAACGUAAAGGCAACAACCCUGGAGAUGACCAAACAUGAUGUAACUGAUUAUUUUCCUAAUGUGAUUAAAUUAGACUGACUUACGACUAAGCUUAGAAUCCAUCAUGAAAAAUUAUAAUUUAUUAGCCAGAUGGUAAACGUUAUCGAGGCGGGCUUUCUUGUUACACAACAGUUGUAUUGAAGAUUCUAUAUUCAAUUGCGACGUAGAUUUAGAUAUCUCCAUACUUUUGCUAUUUCGUAGAUUUCAAGCCAUUUCUUUAUUUGCGGUAAUACCAAAAUGUUUUAGCAUACUUUUUAUUCAAAACCGCAUAUAGAAUUUGGCUUUUUUGGCUUUUUUCGCGAUUGAGAUCGAUGAACUCAGAUGUUGGGAGAUAUGAAGAAAUCCAAGUUUACAGCGCAAUCGAGUACAGCAAGCACUCAAAGCCAGCUUAAACCUGCA